UCUCUCUCUUCCUCUCAAAAAGAACAGGACACACGUAACACAUUGUUACUUUUGUUUCUGAGUUUCUCAUUGUUUGUAACAAACUCUGUGCAUGAUGUCUCUCUGGGUCAGGAAGUCAGGGGACUUUAUGAUCAACCGAUUCAAAUCCAACUUGGGUUCCUUGGCUUCCAUCCAUUUCAGUUCGUCUUUCUCUCGGAAAUCUCCCAUUCCGGUUCCUUUUCCGGCUUCAUAUGCUCAAAACGUGAGGCUCCUGGAGGCCCCUUUAUGCGGCUCUCGUCGUUUUGAAUCCGGCAAACCAGAAACGCUCUCUGAUGAGGUUGAUACCAAUCAGGGUUUGGAUUUACCAGAAGGGAAGUUCAAAUUCACUCCUGAGAUGAGAUUCAUAUCUGAGUCGACUAAGGAGCGGGAGCCCUGUUAUCGGGUCCUUGAUGACAAUGGGAAGCAAAUUAUGUCCAGCUACUGUGCUGAGGUCAGCCAAGAAAUUGCUGUUAAAAUGUACACAGACAUGGUGAUGCUUCAAACUAUGGACAUCAUUUUCUACGAAGCACAGAGGCAGGGAAGGAUCUCUUUUUAUCUGACAACAAUCGGGGAAGAAGCCAUCAAUAUUGCAUCUGCUGCAGCACUCACCUUUGAUGACAUUGUCCUUCCUCAGUACAGGGAGCCUGGGGUCUUAAUAUGGCGUGGUUUCACUGUACAAGAAUUUGCAAACCAGUGUUUCAGUAACAAAGCUGAUUACGGGAAAGGCAGGCAGAUGCCAAUCCAUUAUGGAUCUAACAAGCACAAUUACUUCACAGUAUCAUCAACCAUAGCUACACAACUUCCACAGGCUGUUGGUGUUGCUUAUUCUCUGAAAAUGGACAGAAAAGAUGCAUGUGUGGUCACAUAUAUUGGUGAUGGUGGCACAAGCGAGGGUGACUUCCAUGCUGCUCUAAAUUUUGCGGCUGUCACGGAGGCUCCAGUUAUAUUCAUUUGUCGGAACAACGGAUGGGCUAUCAGUACACCUACUUCAGACCAGUUUAGGAGUGAUGGUGUUGUUGUCAAAGGUCGAGCUUAUGGAAUCCGAAGUAUCCGAGUAGAUGGGAAUGAUGCACUUGCCAUGUAUAGUGCUGUUUACACUGCACGUGAAAUGGCAAUCAAUGAACAGAGGCCAAUCUUAAUAGAGGCAAUAACUUAUCGAGUUGGACACCAUUCCACAUCAGAUGAUUCAACCAAGUAUCGCCCAGUUGAUGAAAUUGAAAGUUGGAAAGUGGGACGAGACCCAGUAUCUCGAUUUAGGAAAUGGAUUGAAAGAAAUGGUUGGUGGAGUGCUGAGGCAGAGAUAGAAGCUAGAAACAGUGCGAGAAAGCAGUUUUUACAUGCAAUCCAAGAAGCUGAGAAAGUUGAGAAACCACCGGUUGCUGACAUGUUCACUGAUGUAUACGAUUGUCCUCCUUCCAAUCUUGUUGAGCAAGAGAAACAGCUAAGAGAGACAAUUAAAAGACACCCCCUGGAUUACCCAUCUGAUGUUCCUGUGUAAACUUAUUCCACUGACAUAGGUGGAAGAGUAUAUAGCUCUUUAAUAAUGAAAUAAAAAUAUUCACCCCUUAUUACAUGACUUUUAAUUUAGAUAAUUUUCUAUUGUUAUUC